ACAGGGAAGUCAGAAAUGUCUGAUUAGGGCGAUUACUUUUUGUCAGUCCGUCUGUCUUCUGACCUGUGAUAUGCUAGGCUUGGUAUGUAACAGUGUGUGGAAAUGCAGUUUAUGAUAUGAACAACAACAUGCCAGAAGUUCAGUGUAAGCGAGGAGACUGGGCGUCUCGAAUACAGAUUUUUGGCACUCUCUUUAAAAAGCCAUUUGGUCACCAGUCCAACAAAUGGGCAAGAAGAUUUUUCAUGGUAAAAGAUGGCUUUUUGUUUUACUAUGGAGACCGUGAACGGAAGGAAUUCGACAGACGUCAAUACUUCAACAUUCACCCGAAGGGUAUAUUUCCUCUUGGUGAAUGUACCUUCGAGGCUAUUCAAGAACCGGGACACCCGUUUUGCAUGCAGAUCAAUAACCAUGAGGUCAAUGGACGACUUGUCCUUGCUGCUGAAAGUGACUAUGAAAGAAGUCAGUGGAUGGAUAUCAUGGAAAAGUCGAGACGAGUUACCUGGAAGAACAUGACUCUUGCUGAUGAGAUGAUUCGUCAGAUGGAGAGUCAGGGUCUGCAGAUGGCUAGGGAAAAACAGGAUUACUUUGAUCGACUUCAGUCUGAAGUGUUUGCAUUGUCUGAAGAAAAGAUGAAAACUGAGGAGCUAGAAAGGUUGAACCAAGAACUUGAGAAAGAGAAACUAAAGAUGGAGCAGUUUACUCAAGAACUAAAAGAAGAAUACGAAAAAAUAAAAGAAGAGCUUGAAGACACCACAGAUAUAAUGGCUGAACUCCAUGAGGACCGAAUCCGUUUAGCAGACACUCUGAAUGACCAGCAGAAUGCUUUGGAAUCACUUGCCAGUGACAGAAAAGCAAUAAUGCAAGAACUGAAGGCCACUGAGAAAACAACUUCAGUAUUAUCUAAAGAGAAACAAGCACUGGCAGACAAAUUACAUGAAAUUGAAAGCAAAACACAGUCCCUCCUUGAAGCAAAAUCAGAAGCUGAAAAUAGAUUGAAGGAAAAUGAAGAACGAACAGUUCAGCUAGAAGAAGAAAAAAUAAACUUUGCUGAAACAGCCAGUGAACUGAAGACAACUAUUCAGGAUCUUGCUGCUCAAAAGGAGAUGACAGAACAAGAAUUAAAGGAGGAAGUAAAGGCUCGGCUAGCAGCUGAGAUGAGGCUGCGUGCGGCUGAAGGAUCUCUACUGCGUUUAGAGAACGUGGUGGAGGAUGAGAAGAACAAGUUUGAUGUGCAUGUCAAAGAGGAGAUGGUUGUUAAUGUCAAGAAACUCAAAGAAUUCUUUGAAAAUUUGGCUGAAGAGUCGAGACAAGCUUCGGAGAAACCCAUUAUUAUGAGAAAUGCUGUCUAUGCCCGGAAGACACUGGCACGCAGGGCCAAGACGAUGAAAUACAUCAACCGAAAGAGAUCAAGCAAUUUAUCUCUCUCAGGCAAUGUAUCAAGGGGUCUCAAUGUUGGUGAUCAGCUGGAUUCCAUGCUUCUCAAUACUUGUAUGUUCUAGGAGCUAAAUCAGGAUGAAAAUAUCUGUUCGCCCUAAGUCCAUGGCACAAGGUUGUAAUGUUGGCAAGAAACCUCUGUCACCUAUAAGGCGGGCUACUACCUGUGUGGAUAAACAGACCAGAGACAAACUACUUUCUUCAGAGGAAGCAGAAAACUUUACAUUUGUUGAACAGUUUUGAUAGAAAUAAAAUUACAUUUAUAGUGAUCA